AAACAAUUUUGAGGGUGGUAAAUGAGCUAGCAUACAAUUUUGGGGGCGGUAAAUGAGCUAGCAUACCACACACAAGUCAUGUGUUUUUUGUUUCAUUAAAACUUUAAACAUCUCUCUAUAAAGUAAGAAGUAAAUAAACCACGAAUGUAAUGGAGUUCCACAAUAAAAUUGUGUUCGUUUUAAAAAAAAAAAAAAACAAAGGGGGAAAAAAAGAGGCGGUAUUGCUUGGAACGGUCACGUGAAUGUCACGUGACUACCUCAAACGUUAAUUCAUUCAUUUUCCAACGCUUAAAACUAUAAUUUCUGUACUUCAGUGACUUAAUGGUUUCAAUUUAGUCGAUCACAUGUCGCAUUUUAACACAUUUCAAGUUAAAAACUAUUUAACUUUACAAAUCCCUCAACCCGCCAACCAUUAGCGAAUGCUACGUAAGAUAUUUGACGUAAGACGUGGUGACGUAUUUUAAACCGCCUUAGGUACGUUACGUAAAGCCGCCGCUGGUUUCGAAACGUAAAAAUGGCGGACGCUGAGCUCAAUGAGCCGGACGCAGUUCAGCUCCACCAGGAGGUCGUCGCGAAGGAACAAGGUGUGGCCUCGACUGAUGAAGUUCCCGGAAAGCCAACAAAGGACGAAACGGCUUCAGACAACGAUGCCAAGCCCUCAACCACUACCGACAGACACAUCUCCAUCCAAACUAAACUGGAGGAUCUCGAGAUGUUGGUGGACCUCAACGGUGCGGGACGCAAGUCUUGUCCUCUGUGUCCGGAGGAGAAGUUCAAAGCCUGCUACAACCACAAGCUGCGCAGACACCUGCAUAACCUUCACUGGAAAGUCUAUGUGGAGUUUGAAGGCCAGAAGAUGUGCAUCUGCCAUUUGCCCUGUAGAAAUCCCAAACCAAGUUUGAGCGGAGAUCAGGUGUCGGGGAGACACGUGGCUCACUACCACUGCGUGGUUUGCUCAGUCACCAUCGCCCGCAAGACCGAUAUGGUCAGCCACUUGAAACGCCACAUCAACAAGGGAGAGACUAAGUCCAGCUACUCGGGUGGAUCAGACCUUCUGCCGGAAGAGCCUGCAUCGUCUGGUCAGGUGUAUGAAAUCAUGAAAGAACUGGACACGCAUGUGCAGCUGCUCCCCAUGUACAACACGCCGCAGAAAAGUGACACCUACUUCAACCGCAAGAUGAAGAGCAACAGACAGCUCGUCUUCUGCUCGUUGGCCGUUUUGGCGAAAGAGAGGAGCCCUCUGGAGUGUUUAGAUGCUUUCGGAGCCACGGGCAUCACCGGCCUGCAAUGGGCCAAGCAUCUUCACAACGCCGUCAAAGUGACCAUCACGGACAUCAGUGAAAUCUGCGUGAAAAUGAUCAAGGAAAACUGUGACCUGAAUCAAAUCCAGGUGGAUGGAGGCUCUGAGGGACUUGAGGAACCUGCAGGUGAAGUUCAGGAAGAUCCCGUCGCCACGGUGGAAGUCGUGAAGAUGGAUGCCAACGUCAUGAUGCAUUUACGACCCUUUGACUACAUUCACUUGGAUCCGUUCGGUACGGCCGUGAAUUACUUGGACGCCGCCUUCAGGAAUGUCCGAAACAUGGGCAUCGUCUCCGUCACGUCCACGGACACCGGAUCGCUUUUCGCCAAGUCCCCCAACGUGACCCUGCGGCACUACGGCACUCACAUCGUACGCACCGAGUACUUCAAAGAGCUGGCGGCACGCACGGUCGUGGCCACUGUGGCGAGAGCAGCCGCCCGCUGCAACAAAGGAAUCGAGGUGUUGCUGGCAGUGGCGCUGGAACAUUUCGUCCUGGUGGUGGUUCGAGUCCUCAGAGGUCCCACGCAAGCUGACGAUUCGGCAAAGAAGCUGAGAAAACUGGUUCACUGCCAGUGGUGUGAGGAAAGGAUCUUCCUCAAGCACGGCAACAUGGUAGAUGGGACGCUGCCCUGCAACUGUCAUGGAAGUCUGCCUGGGAAGACUGCCGUGCAGCUGGGCCCUUUAUGGUCCGGCUCUCUGUUCAAUACCGGCUUCCUGAGGAAGAUGCUGUUGGCAGCAGUGCAGCACAGUAUGGACGACAUCCAGCCACUCGUCAAGACUCUCAUUUGCGAGUCCGAGUGCACCACCUUAAAGCCGGUAAUCCACGGAGGGUCGGCGUUCACCAACCAGGUGGAGUGCGGCGUCGUCAUUAAGACCUUACAGAGCGAGGAGGAGUCAUGUCCCGCUGAUUCAUCCGGAAAGAGGAAAACGGGAGAAGAGUCGGGCAACACUGUGAAGAAGCUCAAGUCGGAUUCGACUUUAGAACAUCCGCCGUUCUACUACAGCAUCCACCGCCACAGCAUGCGUGGCAUGAACAUGCCCAAGUUAAACAAAUUUCUCCAGUACCUGACAGAAGCCGGCUUCCGGGUGAGUCGUACUCACUUUGACCCAACGGGGGUUCGAACCGACGCCACGCUGGAGCAGUUCAAGUCUGUCCUGGGCAAAUACAGCAUUCCUGCUUAUCCUGGCAAGCCGAGUGUGAGCCAAGAUGCAACAAUGUGAACGUGAACAACCACCAACAUAAACCUCUCUUGUUUUUUUUUUGUUUUAUUCCUCUGUUCUAUCAGUUUCUGAUUGUUUUUAAAAUGACUUUUGUAUUUGGUAAUGUCAUAUUUUUUUUGCUUCCUUUGUCAUAAUAAUAAUAAUAAUAAAAUUGUGGUGCAAAA